GUACAUUUUCACAUUCCCGCCAUCAUCGCGCAGUGUUGCGAGGCGUUGUGUGCGGGUCCACUGUCAACAACAUACAUACUGGGAGCAGGUGAAUGCCGGCAAAACAAACGUUCUGCUCUCGGAGGACCUACGACAACGAUACUGUGAGAUACAAGUUUCUAGAAGAAAACACAUAAUCGACAGGAUUUGUUUGGUUACAAGUCCAAGCCUCCAAAGUGCACCAACUGGAUAUUAGUAAGCCAUGUCAACCAUAGUGCCCAAACUCUCCAGCGGUGGCGCCAGUGUUAAGAUCCGCCUUACCAGCCUUGAUCUGGGCACCACCAGAUGGAAAGAGGGAACUUUUGAGAUUCUGGAAAAGGACAACAAAAUCAACCUGUGUCUAAGAUUUAACUGUGGUGGAGCCUCCAAAAUUUUCCAGCUGUACCAGAACUUGAAGACCGUUAACCAGAACCAGAACCGUAUCAUGCUGACUUUGAAGGACAACAGUGUCAUCGUCCUGGAUAAGAUUCCUCCGACUUUGCUUCAGAAGACUAAAGAAUUUUUGGACAAACUGAAGACUGGAAAGCCAGUUUUAAAAUCGUCCCACGGAAGCGCAAACCUCAGUGUGCUGGGAAACCGCUCUUUGAAAAAUGACAGCAAUCCUUCGGGGGAGAGACAGACAACCCAGAGGCGUCAGAGUGCAGAAGGCAGAGAGGAGACGACGCCACGGAAACCCCUGGGCAGCCCAAGCAGAGCCACCUCCACUCCCACCCGCACGGGACUCUCUGAGAACAGGAGUGAGAAAAGAAAGAGACUCAUCACCUCUGAAAGUGACCUGACUGAAGACUACCCCAAGGAAAAUGACUCAUCGAGCAACAACAAGGCCACUUCGGAUCCAUCCAGGAAGUUUCUACUGAGCUGCAAAGACAAGCUGAAGCAGUCUGAGGAGAACAGGAGCUCAGCUUCACUGAGUUCAACUCCCCUUCAGCCCACGUCCUUUUACGGCAGCCGAUCGGUGACUAAAGACUACAGCCAGAGCCACUCUUUCCUGGACAGGCCAUGCAGUACAGCACAGAGCCCUUCAGCCAAGAGGAGCCUCAUGCUGCCAAACCACUCCACUCCUUUCAAGAAGGUCCGGCCCACUCUGGACUACAGCGGCUGGAACAAGCAAAGGCUCACCCUGGCCCAGCCUCAGCCCCCCCUGCAAGGAUUCUCCAACCUGGGCAACACCUGCUACAUGAACGCCAUCCUGCAGUCCCUCUUCAGCCUCCCCUCCUUCUCCAAUGACAUGCUGAGGCAGAGCAUCCCGUGGAAGAAGGUCCCCAUCAAUGCGCUGCUCAGGCGGUUUGCACACCUUAUGGCCAAGAAGGAUGUGGGCUGUCCAGAAACAAAAAAAGACCUGUUGAGGAAAGUGAAGAGCGCCAUCUCCUCCACAGCUGAGCGGUUCUCUGGAAACAUGCAGAACGAUGCUCAUGAGUUCCUGAGCCAGUGUUUGGACCAGUUAAAGGACGACGUGGAGAAAAUGAAUAAGAACUGGUCCAACGAAGCGGCAGCGUGGUCCUCUGUGGCGUGUGAGAGCGGCCAGGAGGGAGCGGCCUCAGCAGCAAAAGCAGAGCCGGGUGAAGAGGCAGACACGUCCCGCAUCUACACCUGCCCUGUGGCGGUCAACAUGGAGUUUGAGGUGCAGCACACCAUCACAUGCAAAGGAUGUGGCGAGGUAGUGAACAAGCGAGAGCAGUUUAAUGACUUGUCCAUCGACCUCCCACGGCGGAAGAAAACGCUUCCACUCCGCUCUAUCCAGGACUCUCUGGAUCUCUUUUUUAGGAUGGAGGAAAUUGAGUACUCGUGUGAAAAGUGCAAUGGGAAAUCGGCGACUGUUACACAUAAAUUUAGCAAACUGCCCAGAGUGCUCAUCCUCCACCUGAAGCGCUACAGCUUUAACGCCCAGCUGUCACUGAACAGCAAGCUGGGCCAGCAGGUGGUGAUCCCCCGGUACCUGACCCUGCUGUCCCACUGCACUGAAUCCACACGAGCCCCCAUUAGCCUUGGCUGGAGUUCCCAGUCCUCCAUUUCCAGAACACUCAAAACGUCGCAGUGUGUCAACUCGUCGACAGCUCCUCUCCGAAGGAUUGGAGGCAAAGCUGCCAACUCUAGCUGCACGUCUAGCCUCCUGGACUCUGAUAGUGAAGAGGAGCCCAACAUUAAAGCAACAGUGAGCCGCAAGCGACGCCUCAGCAGCUGUCUGCCUGACGAGGAUGAGCGACCGGAAGAGCGAGGAGCAGCCAUAGACGCAGCAGACUUCAGUGGCAUAAAUGAUGAAGAAAUGCUGGCCGCCGUGCUGGAGAUGAGUCGUCAAGAGGCCGGGCUCUCGGCCCCGCCCCCAAUGGAGGAUGAGCCAACCAGCAGCCCCGACACAGGCUUCGGGGACACAGACGCUCAUGACCUGGCCUAUCACACAGAUCUGCUGGAAACAGACAGCAAACAGCCUGCAGAUGUGCUGGACUCCCUGGACCUGACCAUGGACGAGAACAAGGAGAACCAGACUCCAGAGGGGGGGCAGCAACAGGGGGAGCUGGACUGGGUGCAGCAGUACAGUCUGGAUCAGGAUCAGGAGAGGGAGGAGCAGGAGCUGCAGCAGGCGCUGGCCCAGAGCCUCCAGGAGCAUGAGGCCCAGGAGUUGAGAGAGGACGAUGAUCUGAAGAGGGCCACCGAGCUCAGCCUGCAAGAGUUCAACAACUCUCUGCCAGAGUUACUGUGCUCAGACGAGGAUUCAGGCAACGAGGACGUGUUGGACAUGGAGUACACUGAAGCUGAGACUGAGAACCUGAAGAGGAACGCUGAGAGCGGAGACUUGGCCAACUCUUUCCGACUCAUCAGUGUCGUCAGUCACAUCGGGAGCAGCUCCUCCUCCGGCCAUUACAUCAGUGACGUGUACGACAUGAAGAAGCAGUCGUGGCUGACCUUCAAUGACCUGGACGUGUCGCGCACACAGGAAGCAGCCGUCCAGAGGGACCGCGACCGCAGUGGAUACAUCUUCUUCUACAUGCACAAGGACAUGUUUGAGCAGCUGUCUGAUAUGGACAGAUCUGGAGCCAGCAACCCUUCAGAAGCAGGGAGGAACGUCCUGCAGCCCCUCUGAGCGCUACACACACACACACACACCGCUGCACCCUAACAGAUGGAGCUCUCCUCUGAACAACCUGGAAAACGACUGAUUGCUGUCCUUUGGUGGCGGUCUUCAGGCACUCCUGUCCCUCCACAGAUCACUGAAUGCUCUGUUAAAUUAGCACCUGUACGUGCCAACACGGGUGCUAAAGACGAUUUUAACACACCAGAAAUGCAGUUACAAAUGUUCAGUGGAUCAAAUGUUGCCUCCAUGUUUUUGGGGCCGGAAUCUUUGUUUGCUAUGUUUUUUAUCAAACAAAGGUUUUGUAAAUGUUUUUUUAUUUGUUUCUCGACAAUGCCGUUCUUUCUCUCUACUUUCACACAUCAGAUGCUACUGGUGCUUCAUGACUUGUAUGUUUUGCAGACCCUUUCUUUCCCAUAUAAACUAAAUAAAGAUAUAUUCUAUGUUGGAGUAUAAGCUAUUAUAGAGUUAGAGGGGGUGUUGUAUUUAGCGGGUACAUUUGGUGCAAUAUUUAUGUUCUGGCACAAACUGGCCAAUUGAAAUCCGUUUCCUGUCCGAGUGUGUGGAGUUCUCACUGUUGCUUUGCGUGACUUACCAACUCGUGUUAGUCUCAAUAGCAAAGUCUGUUUUAACUGAGCUUUUCUCACUAAAGCCUACUUGUCUCUUUUGACUUUGUGCCUCCCAAGAAAACUUUUAUAAAUAUGUAUACUAGCUUUACUUUGAAAGAUGCACAACCUUGUCGCUUUUUAAAAUGUCUGUCACCAAUGUGUAAGUCAGGUUUCUCCUUUAUAAAAAGCCAACAGAUUUUCUAUUUAUUGCAACAUCGGGUUGAUUCCCUUUGAAUGAACCUGUGAAGAUACGCCACGGCAAGUAGAAGAGAUAAAUACUAGACCACCAGGGAAGCUAGCUUUAGCCUAAUGCGGUUAAGUGCAUCAUCUUUAAGGCCAGGCUACAGAGCUGUUCAUACAGCUCCUAUGAGGCGUGCUUGCUUAUAGACAGAUUUAAAGGAAGUAUUUUGUUAUUCCAAUACUAGACACUGGUUGUACAGCUGUUUUUGUGACCACUGUAAAAAGUCAAAUCACAUUGAGUUCACCAUGGCUAAUGUGUAACGUUAAAACAUGGUGUCUGCAGAGUUGCUCCCAACAGAAGAAAAUCUAUUUAACAGCUUUAUAAAACAUGGGUUAUAACCAGAUAUUGAUACCUGCCAUAUUAGUGGGGUUUAUUAGGACAGUAUUGACGUUUACCACCGCAGGCAAAAGUGACUUGUUCCCAUUUGAUUUUUUUCAUCAGCAUUGUUUUUACAUUUGUCCCAGACGCAGUGUGAAGAAGAGGGUAUGAUGUAUUUGUGAAGUAAAGAGGAACAGCUUUUUCUACCCUUCAUACACAACUGACUCUUCCUAAAGCAGAUUUUAAUAAAAGAUUCUGGUGAAAGUG